GCAAUGGCUUUAAAGCAAUUUGCUUUAUACUGUCUUAUUUAUAAAAGUACAGCAGCAUGGGAAGUUACAUGUAUUUCCUUCUUGUACUUAGGAAUAAUUUAAUUUGGAUUCAGUUCUGCUACAUAAUCCCAUCGGUUUUGGUCAUGGGUAUAAUUUUUAUCAUAACUUGCUAUUUAGGUUCAAGAAGAUCUUCACAAAUUUAGAGUGACAAAUAUGAACUUGAAAGGAAAUGUAAAAGCUGUGGAUAUUAGCAACCUCGAAACAGCAAUUGAAAGACCUGAACUUGGGCUCAGAAAACAUGCUGAAAAUUAUUUAAAUGCUAUAGACAGACAAAUGUUAACUGUUUCUCCUGCUGAUAAUAAAGAAGUACAUUCAAAAGAGCCCCCUAAAUGGGGCCUCCGUUUUGGUGCUUCUCAGAAACAGCUGAUUUUACCACCAGUACCUGUUGAGCCCAUGAGUGCCCAGGCGUGCAGCAAGUCAGCACCACGCGUUCCUCAGAGCUCACAGCAUCAGCUGGAAAUGGAUAUGAAGAUUAUGCUUGACCCAGAGAACAUAAAUGUUUUAAAACAGCAGAACCGUGAGACCAGGCUGCCACUUAUAACUAAGAAAAAAUCUGCUCCUGUGUGUAGUCUGAAGAUGGUGAAAGGUCAUACAGCUGGCAACCUUUGGGGUUUGCCUGUCUCUGACCACAUGGAUUCUCCCUUGCCCCUGUUGGAGCAAGAUGUAACAAAAGGGGUGAGUCCCAGAAGCCCACCCCAGUACUGUUCAGGUAUUCUGAGCCUAACUGAACAAAGGCUUAUCCUUCCAGCAUCAAAGAUAACCCUCCAGACACCUCCUGUUGCAUGCAAAGCAGCACCUUUCCAUGAAUUCCACAGGCAGCACAAGAAGUCAGCUGUAGGAGACAUUAAUAGUAGGGUGCACCCUGAGAGUACAGACACCAUCUCCUUCCCAAACUCAAAGGAAACAAUUCAUGGCACAUAUUCCUCUAGUAAAGGUAACACUGCACCACUUCCAUCCAGCACUUCCAUGGUUCCAGCAAGGAAAUCAAAGCAGUUGUGGAUAAAUCCAGCUCAACAGUUGGAAUCUGAGCUGCAGAUUCCAUCUCAGACCCAGCCCCCACAGACGUCUCCAUGCCAGUCCUUACAGGAUCCAUGCUUUGAUUGUGACAUUGCUGUUUGCCAUGGCACGAUAGACCAGAAAGCUCCAGGCUUCCUGGCAUUCAAGCAACGUUAUUGUUUAUCUUGGAGAAGCAUUGCUGGUUUUUUGGAACAUACAGAAAAGCUUCUCAAGGAUUAUGCUGUACCUUUGGCUACAAUCAACUGUAAAAAGUUGGCGGAAGUCGCAUCAGGCUUUGAGCUUUAUGAGAAUCCCACCAAAAAUGACAUUCUGUCAGUGAUAAAGAAUCAAUCAGCUGUGGAAAAGAUCUUAAAUCGACCUGGCCAAAGAUACAAAGGCCAAGGGGGUACUGAAAUGGCUGCCACCAAGAUCCAAGCGACAUGGAGGUGUUACCAGGCCAGAAAAGCCCCCAUCCCUCCUGGGCAGCAGAGCUGGGCAUCAGGUGUGAUCGCUCGUUCUUGGCUCCGGUGGAACCACAUGGCACGUGUGAAAAAGACCCUGAAGGAAUCACGUCAGAGACACCUGGAGAAUUUCUACAUCAGGGCCAAGCAUCUGGCAGCCAACUGGAAUCGCAUCAGGACCUCCAGGAGGACUAUUAUCCAUAUCCCAUCAUUAGGAUAUCCCCAGUGCAUCCGUGAGCACAUCCCUGAACUUGCUCUCCAGCAGAAUCUGCAGAUGGGAAGGCUGUGUGACAUUCGGGAUGCCAACGUGGACGUCAUCUACAUCUGCCCCCUUCAUCUGAGUGAGGAGUUACUGCAGUAUUACAAUAAACUCCUGGGUCUGCAGGCAGCUGUUAGAUCUGGGAACCCUGAGGACAUGGGUGACCUGCAGGACAGGUUCAAAAUUCUCACCCCUGAAGCUACAAACAGCUUUCCUGAGCAGCACAUGUGCCUAGCCACUCAGCUGAAGUACAGUCCCAAGACAAUCAAAAGAAUAAAAAUUCUUAUCCAGAGCAGAGAUGCCUACAUUAUUGGAGGGGUUCCCCACCAAGAUGAUUUAGCAGUGGCUGACAUGCUCAGUGUGCCUAUCUUGGGCUCGCUGCCAGAGGUGGCUCAUCUCUACAGCACAAAGUCUGGAAGUAAACAAAUUUUUGCCAGUGCUUGUGUGCCAACCCCUCCUGGAGCAGCUGACAUCUCCACCAGUGAGCAGAUGAUCAGUGUUCUCAGCCAGCUUGUCCUUGACAACCUGGAAGUGCAGCGUUGGCUUUUCAAAGUGAACAAUGAAUCUGGAGGCAAUGGCACUGCCUGUUGUGACAUUAUUUCACAUCUGAAGUGCUACCACUGGGUUCAGAAGGAACGUCAGAGAUACAGCCCUGAGAUGUGGACUCAGAAGUGGGCACGUGAGCCAGCUUUGGUGAAGAUCUCCCAGGAGCUGCCAGGCCUUUUAGCACAGCACGUACAGCCAGUCAAUGAGAAACGAUUCCCUACAUGGGAAAAAUUCCUCCAAACAUUCCUUAGUCAAGGUGGUGUGAUAGAAGCCUUCCCUCUCUCAGAAGAUGUCACCAACCUGACGGUGGACAUGCUGAUCGAGCCAACAGGCAGGAUAGAAGUAGUGUCCUCUGGAACCCAGCUCCACGCGGACGGGGCCUUGCGCGCCUCCGGCACCGCCAUCCCACAGUGCUCUGUGGAGCCAGCAGCUCUCAACUCCCUCUGCUUAAAAAUUGGAGAAGCCUGUAAAUCUAGAGGAGUGCUUGGUUACUUCUCAGUUGAUUUUGUGACUUUCACCCAUCCCCAGACGAUGGAGCGGCAGGUGUGGGCAACAGACCUUGACCUCUGCUAUAGUGACCAGCUGGCCUGGACUCAGCUCCUGUUGUACAUGACAGAUGGAAACCUGGAUUGUCGCUCCGGCCGCUUUGAAGUAUCUCCGGGUUCAAAGCAAAGGCAAAGCCAACCUGUUCAGCUUGGGGAGGCAAAGACUACUUCUCCAACAAGCCCCCGGUGUGCAGUAGCAAGCAGCCAGCUGAGGCACUCCAGCCUUUCAGGCAUCUACUACAAUGUCCUCCUGGAGAGGUGUAAAGCUCGUGGUGUUGGAUUUGACCUCCAGGAAAAACAGGGAACAGUUUUUAUAUUGUAUGAAGAUCAGAAGCGAUACAGAUUGGGAAUGAUAACAAUCGGAGAGGAUCUCCAGGGGGUCCUCAUGACCUUUGCUCGCAAUCUCUUCAUCAUCCAUCAAGAAAUAUCAGCACCUAAUAUGCAAGGCGAGACCAAUUUUAAGAUGGCAAUUCGAGAUAUUGAAGCAAUUCUGGGAAUUACAGCAGAAAACAAACUGAAAUUGGAAGACAAGCAACCUUCAAAAGCAGAUGCUCGGGAAGAAUAGUUAACAGAAAAUGUUUAAGUGCCUUAUUCCUUAUGCUUCUGUAAGUGCUUUCUCAACUGUAAGAACAGGUUUGGUUUUCCUUCUGCAUCGGCACAUGAAGUUCCAUUAACUGAGACAGGACAUUGCCAUGGUUUCUGAGUGCAGAGUUUCCCUUCUUUCACAAAAAUAACCUGUUGGAAAGCAGAGGGUUAAUAGAUGCCCCGGAUGUUCCUCCUGUUAUUCCUGAAUUACACAGUGUUUUAAAUCUUAUUAAUGGAACACACAGAGGGAUCAUGCUGCUUUGUCACUGCAGACUAGGAGGUCACUGAAACUGAAAGAGGGGAGAUUUAGGUCAGACAUCAGGAAGAAAUUCUUCACCAUGAGGGCAGGAAGGCACUGGAACAGGUUGCCCAGGGAGGCUGAGGCUGCCCCAUCCCUGGAGGUGUUGAAAGCCAGGUUGGAUGAGGCUUGUGCAGCCUGGUCUGCUGGGAGGUGUCCCUGCUUGUAGCACGGAGGUUGGAACCUGAUGAUCUUUAAGGUCCCUUCCAACCUUCACCAUUCUGUGAUUCUAUGAUCAUACUCCUAUUGAAGAGUCCUUGUCAUCCUAAACACCUCAAGCCUGUUGUCUUCUGAAGUAUAGACUUCUGAAAUGAAAGAAGUGUUCUUCUGCCUAUAAAUAAAUACACUGAAAUGCCAUCUUCUCAGAAAGGCCAGCAACCCAGAUUCUUCUGCAGAGCUGACUGUCCUUCUUGUUAACUUUCUGCUAUUUCUUUCAUUAUCUACAGAUUUCUGCAGCAGUUGUUUUAUGUUCCCUUUCAAAUGGUAAGAAAUAAUUAACGGCACUGGUUCAACAAUUGAGAGGACCAUUAGAAUUGUACCUGCUCUAUGGUUCCCAGUGUACAUGGCCUGUGCAGACCUAUCUGUCCAUCAGAUACACUCUGUGUUUCAGAUGCUGAUCAAUUUUUUUGUCAGUGUUGCUGUGCAGUGAUUUGCUAAAGGACAACAUUUGUAUCUGUAAAACUGUCUGUCCUUCAAAUCUCUCAUCUCAUCCCAACAGACACCGCCACCUACGUUUUACUGUAGAGGAGAGCAUCUUCCCCAUUGGAUGGGCACUACUGCCCCAAGCAUGGCAAGUGUCUUUGAGGUUACUACUUUACAAAAAAGCUCAGACAAAACCAGUUUUUAAGAAGAAUGAAUGUGACCAAGCAGUGGCAGCACAUCAGUGCCCAGUCUUUCUGAUGCUCGAGUCUUUGAUCCAUCAGCUUCAAAUGUUAUCUUUUGUGUUAGCCUUUUUCUCUUCUGCUUUGGUCACAGAAGUAAUUCAUAGAUGAGACUGUAUAAGUGUUGACCUCUGUUUCAAUUAAAACUCUGGUGGUUUGGUUUA